ACGGGUAUUCAGUUGGCCAGCAAAUUUUGGGCCAGAAACAAGUGGAAAGUACUAUCUAAGAUUUAGCAAUAGCCUAGCAAACUUGUUCAAUGUCACCAAGAGUGGUAGUACUUUUGGCACUUGUGGUACUUGCCACAGCAACAACACCUUUUGGAGAUCGAGAUCCUCCAGAAGAGACAAUUGAGCCAAAACAAGGUGGAGCAGAGUACCGACUACCGACAAAUGUCUUGCCUGACACAUACGAAAUCACCAUAACUCCUUAUCUCUACGCUGAGGGAACCAAUAGAGAAUGGACGUUCGAUGGUGAAGUAGCUAUUAAUUUGCGCGCAAAUGUUGAUGGAGUUUCAAGUAUCGUUCUCCAUGCAUCGAGUCUUGAAAUUGAAACUUCAAGCCUCAGAAGGGGUUCGGUUCCUGGGGAGUUACUCAGUGGCCAGCCAACCUACAACAACGAUACGGCAAAGCUAACGUAUACAACAACAACACCCCUAAUCAGAGACACAGUUUACACCUUGACGAUCAGGUACAAAGGUGAGAUCCAUGGGGACAUGAGGGGUUUGUACAGAAGUACUUAUCGUGAGAGCGGAUUGGAGAAGAGACUAGCCUCCACCCAAUUUCAAACGACCUUCGCGAGACGCUUCAUGCCUUGCUUCGAUGAGCCUAAGUUCAAAGCUGUUGUUACCCUCAGAGUCUUCCGACCAUCUAAUAUGAUUGCCUGGUCCAAUAUGGCAGUAAAUAACACUCAGACCGUUGAUCAAAGAGAACUGGAUACCUUCAAUCCAACUCCCAAAGUAUCCACCUAUCUUCUUGCUCUGAUUGUCUCAGAAUUCUCUAGUCGUUCAACCCCAGCCUCCCAACAAAAUCAUUUUGGAGUUAUUGCACGUAGAGAAAUGUAUGACCUUUCUGAGUAUGCCUUCACUGUUGGCCAAGACAUCCUUGCAAAACUAAGCGAUCACCUCGCAUAUCCAUAUUACGAAUUCAUGCCCAAAAUGGACAUGGCGGCUAUUCCUGAUUUCUCAGCUGGUGCCAUGGAGAAUCUUGGACUCUUGACCUACAGAGAGGCAAAUCUCCUGUUUAGCGAAACUAAAACCCUAUCCAUGACCAAACAGAGAAUCGCUGCGGUGAUUGCUCACGAACAGGCUCACAUGUGGUUUGGCGAUCUCGUGACCUGCGACUGGUGGAGCUAUACCUGGCUCAAUGAAGGAUUCGCAAGGUACUACCAGUACCAUGGAACUGCAAUGUCAGAAACAAAUUGGGCACUUGAGCAUCAGUUUGUCGUGGAACAGCUUCAGGGUGUCUUCCAGUUGGAUUCCUCUAAUAACACUCAUCCUAUGACUGACCCAAGUGUCAAUACCCCAUCAGAAGUUUCAGGAAUUUUCGACAAUAUCUCCUACAACAAGGGAGCAACAUUCAUUCGAAUGAUUGAGAAACAUCUAGGUACUGACAGACUGAGAAAUGCUCUGAGAGCCUAUCUCCGUGAAAAUGCUUUCGGAACUGCAACACCACCUGAUCUGCUACGAUCUAUUCAGGCUCAAGCUGACACAACCCAUCAAAUUGACUCUGUCUUCAACACUUGGACUACACAGCCAGGCUACCCAGUAGUCACCGUGAGAAUCAAUGAAGACCGAACUCAGGCUAGUCUGAGUCAGAAAAGAUUCCACAGCUACUCCAGUGAAACAACUGGAAAUGAACUCUGGGCAAUUCCCAUUACUUUUGCCAGUAAGACGCAACAUAGCUUGACAGACACAACUACUAGGAAUAUCAUGUCGGCCAGAGAGCUCAAUAUCACCCUUACAGCUGCCGUCAGUGAAUGGGUGAUCUUCAAUGUCCAGCAAGUUGGGUACUACAGGGUGAAUUACGAUGAAGAAUCUUGGAAUAUCAUUAUUCGUGCGCUCAAGGAAACAGCUCAUGAUGGCAUUCACGUCCUAAAUCGUGCCCAAAUUGUUGAUGAUUUAUUGAACUUAGCAAGGGCUGGUUAUGUUCCAUAUGGUACUACUUUCCAAAUGCUGGAAUACUUGAAAAACGAGCAGAACUACAUUCCAUGGUUGUCCGCCUUUAACGGCCUCAAUCAUUUCCGCCGACGCAUUCCCAAGGAACAUGAGACACUCUUCGGAGAAUACAUGAUUGACCUCCUGACCAAUAUCUAUACUCACUUGGGCUUCCUCCCCAAGGGUUCUGAUGCCUGGAUCGACAUCUACAAUCGUGCAAAUGUUCUAUCAUGGGCCUGCAAAUACGGCCAUGAGGAUUGCCUCACCAAUGCCAGAGAUCAAUUUGCCAGAAUGCGUAAUGACUCAAACUAUGAAAUUCCUGUGGACAUCCGGCCGACAGUUUACUGUGUUGGGCUCCGCGAAGGAGGACAGGGGGCUUUUGAUUUCCUCUGGGCUCGGUACUUGGCUGAAAAUGUGGCUACUGAACAGACAAUUAUUCUCAGUGCCUUGGGAUGCACAAAUACCGAUGCGACUGUAAAUGCCCUGAUUGACAGGAUUCUGAGCGAUGCUGUUAGAGAUCAGGACAAAUCUAGUGCUUUCUCCAAUACCUAUUCCCACAAUGAGGAGAAUAUUCCACGCGUGUGGAACUACGUCACCCAAAAUCAUGCCAGAAUGCAAGAAGCUCUUGGUGGAUAUGGCAGUGUUGCAUCCUACAUCUCUGGACUUGUAAAUCGUUUCCGAACCACCGAAGAGCUUGAGCUCCUUAAGACAUUCGUGAACACUCAGGGAAGCAAUUUUGGCGGUUCCAGGAGCAGCCUCGAACGUGCAGUAGCCAACUUGGAAUAUGAUCUCUACUGGGACUCCAAGUACAUGGAUUACAUUGUGAAGGGAAUUGGAGGAGCUGGUAUUCGAACCAUUAGUGCCUUCCUUGUGCUCUUUGCUGCAAUUUUCACAUCAUUUUUCCGCUAAUUGUGUAUUUUUUUUUUAGAGGUUUUCCUCAAUAAAAGUAUUUUGUAAAAUAAAGGAUUUAAAGAGAAAAUAAAAUGAACUGAAAACUCA